AUGCCGUUGGAGGCUGUUCGGAAGGACUGCGAGUACUUCACGCUUUUGAGACACCCCGUCGAUCGCCUGGUCUCGGCAUUUUUCUAUUGCCCAACAGACCACGAUAUACAAAAGAGGCCUCGAAAGUGGUGCGGGCACGUCGACCACCCAUUACCCGCGACCGAUCGCCUGUUGGAGUUCGCCCAGCAGUUCUGGAAGAAUAUGGCAUACAAGCAGAUGGCGUAUGGCAUGUACUGUCCCCGUGGUCACAUCUGUGAAGCGACGGAGGUGCAGAAUUUGCCGCUGGUGUUUGGUUCGUUGAAUGGCACACACGAGUGUUACCAAAUGCUGUAG